AUGAUCCGUUCACCUCCCUCACAACCGGAAUUCUCCGCAACUUCACCUCCCUCACGACCCGGUUUCUCCAACUUCACCUCCCUCACAACCCCCGAUAUUCCCACAACAUCACCUCCCUCACAACCUCGUUUCUCCCACAACUUCACCUCCCUCACAACCCCAUUUCUCCACACUUCACCUCCUCACGACCGCCAUAAUCUCCCACGCUUCACCUCCCUCACGACCGGUUUCUCCACUUACAACCCUGUUUCACCUACAAUAUCCUCUACAACUCAUAUCUCCCACACUUCACCUCUACAACCCCAUAUGCUCCACAACCUCACCUCCUCACAACCCAUAUCUCCCACAACUUCACCUCCCUCACGACCUCAUAUCUCCUACAACUUCUCCUUCACAAAACUCGUUUCUCCACAGCUUCACCUCCUCACAACCUCAUUUCUCCACGACUCACCUCCCUCAACAAUUUCUCCACUCCCACGACUUCACCUCCCUCACGACCCGGUUUCUCCAACUUACAACCCUGUUUCACCUACAAUAUCACCUCCCUCACAACCUCAUAUCUCCCACGACUUUCAACCUCCAUACAACCUCAUUUCUCCCACAACUUCACCUCCCUCACAACCUCAUUUCUCCCACAACCUCACCUCCCUCACAACCUCAUUCUCACAACUUCACUCCCUCACAACACCCGGUUCUCCAACUUACAACCCUGUUCCCUACAAUAUCACCUCUCACAACCUCCCACCUCAACCCCUCACAACUCAUUUUUUCCCACAACUUCCCUCACGACCCGGUUUCUCCAACUUCACCUCCCUCACAACCCGUCCUCCCAAACAUCACUCCUCCCAUUCUCACAACAUCACCUCCCCCAACCCGCCUCCACAACAUACACCUCCUCACGACCCCAUAUCUCCCACAACAUCACCUCCCUCACACUGUUUCACCACGCUUCCCUCACGACCCACAUCUCCCACGACUUCACCUCCCUCACACCUCAUUUUCUCCCACGACUUCUCCUUUACAAACCCGGCUCUGCAACUUCACCCUCCGUCACACCUCAUUUCACCCACGACUUCACCUCCCUCCACAACCUCGUCUCUCCACAAUUCACCUCCAUCAUACUCAUUUCUCCUACAAUCACCUAACCUCACAACCUCAUUUCUCCCACAACUUCACCUCCCUCACAACCCCGCUUCUCCCACAACUUCACCUCCCUCACAACCCUAUAUCUCCACAACUUACCUCCCUUCAUUUCUCCCACGACUUCACCUCCCUCACAACCUCAUUUCUCCCACAACAUCACCUCCCUCACAACCUCAUUUCUCCCACGACUUCCCUCACGACCUGCAGCCCGGACCCCCCGCGUCCGGAUUUCGUUGA